AGUUGGAUAUCCUUCGCGUUGUAAAACCCUAACUAUUCUUCCAAGCUCGCUUCUUAUUGAUCCUGAAGUGAAAUUAUGGGAGUGCCAGCUUUCUAUAGAUGGCUUGCCGAUCGAUACCCUCUAUCAAUUUUUGAUGUCAUUGAAGAAGAGCCUACGGAGGUUGCAAAUGGCGUCCUUUUACCUAUCGACGUCUCUAAGCCAAAUCCGAACAACAUCGAAUUCGAUAAUCUGUACUUGGAUAUGAACGGGAUCAUUCAUCCUUGUUUUCACCCUGAAGGCAGACCUGCGCCUGUCACCUAUGAUGAUGUAUUUAAAACAAUAUUUGACUAUAUUGAUCAUCUCAUUUCAUUGGUCCGCCCAAGAAAGCUUCUUUACAUGGCAAUUGAUGGAGUUGCACCAAGAGCUAAAAUGAAUCAGCAGCGUUCACGGCGCUUCAGAGCAGCAAAAGAUGCUUCUGAGGCAGAAGCCGAAGAGGAAAGACUGAAGAAGGAAUUUGAAGCAGAGGGGAGAAUUCUGAGCCCUAAGGAGAAGGCUGAAACAUCGGAUUCAAACGUCAUUACUCCGGGCACUCAAUUUAUGGCUGCAUUGUCGGUAGCUCUUCAGUAUUACAUACAGUGUAGGCUGAACCACAACCCUGGUUGGAGGUGUAUUAAGGUUUUUCUUUCUGAUGCGAAUGUUCCUGGAGAGGGUGAACACAAAAUCAUGUCCUACAUACGGUUACAACGCAACCUUCCAGGUUUUAAUCCAAACACGCGGCACUGUCUAUAUGGUCUGGAUGCAGAUCUGAUCAUGCUGUCUUUGGCUACUCAUGAGGUUCACUUCUCAAUUUUGAGAGAGGUGAUCUCCCUGCCAGGGCAACAGGAGAAAUGUUUUAUCUGUGGUCAAGUUGGUCAUCUGGCUGCUGAGUGCCGUGGAAGGGAACAAGAUCCAGAUUCAAAUAAGAAGGCAAUAGAUGACACCCCAAUUCACAAAAAGAAAUAUCAGUUCCUCAAUAUCUGGGUAUUGCGAGAGUAUUUACAGUAUGAUUUAGAGAUUCCCGACCCUCCAUUUGAGAUAAACUUUGAACGAGUAGUGGAUGAUUUUGUUUUUCUCUGCUUCUUUGUUGGCAAUGACUUUCUUCCACACAUGCCAACGUUGGAAAUCCGCGAGGGUGCCAUUAAUCUACUGAUGUUUGUCUACAAGGAGGAGUUUACUGCUAUGGGUGGUUAUCUUACAGAUGCGGGUGAGGUCUUAUUGGAAAGGGUAGAAUAUUUUAUUCAGUCAGUGGCAGUCUAUGAGGACCAAAUAUUUCGAAAGCGGGCUCGUAUUCAGCAGGCACAAGAGAAUAACGAAGUGAUGAAGCUUAAAAUGAAAAGAGAGAAUUCUGAGGAGCCUCAAAUUUUGGGUGUGGAUAAGGUGAAACUAGGGGAGCCAGGUUACAAAGAGAGAUACUAUGUUGAGAAAUUUGAAAUAUCAGACCCGGAGAAAAUUGAUGAAAUUAAAAAGGAUAUGGUCUUGAUGUAUGUGGAGGGUCUAUGCUGGGUCAUGCGGUAUUACUACAAAGGUGUCUGCUCUUGGCUAUGGUACUAUCCAUAUCAUUAUGCUCCUUUCGCUUCUGAUCUCAAAGGUUUGGCAGAUCUAGAGAUAACAUUUUUCCCGGGACAACCAUUUAAACCCUUUGAUCAGCUUAUGGGAACCUUACCUGCUGCGAGUUCCAAUGCUCUUCCUGAACAUUACAGGGCAUUGAUGACUGGUCCAUCAUCGCCAAUUAGUUCCUUUUACCCUGCAGAUUUUGAGAUUGACAUGAAUGGUAAACGCUUUGCGUGGCAGGGUGUAGCAAAGUUGCCGUUCAUUGAUGAGAGAAAGUUGCUUGCUGAAACAAAGAAGCUUGAGGACACUUUGACGGAUGAGGAAAAGGCUCGUAAUAGAAUGAUGUAUGAUUUGCUAUAUGUCUAUGAGAACCAUCCUUUGGCAAGACAAAUUGUUUCACACUACAGGCUCUAUUAUCAUUCACCUCCUUCGAAAAUAUUCCUCUCCGAAAUCGACACAGAUAAAAGCGGUGGAAUGAAUGGAUACAUGUGGUUAUGUGAAAGAAAUGGCUUUAAACAAAUAGUUCCUUCCCCAGUUAAGGGGUUGCCAGACAUUGAAAACAAUUACGUCCUCAAUGUUACUUAUCUUUAUCCACAGCCUCAUAAUCACAUUCCAGAACCUCCGGAUGGUGUUAAAAUGCCCAAAAAGGUUGUAAAACCUUACGAUAUAAAACCCUUCCCCACGUUAUGGCAUGAAGACAGAAGUGGACGGCGUUCACAACCCAGAGAGAGGCCACAGGUUCCACGUGCAAUAUCUGGUCCUCUCUUGGGAGAAGCAGCUCAUCGACUUCUUAAAAACAGACUUCGAACCACAGCUAACCCCACCACUUCCUCUGCAUUAAAAGAACCCCCGCCUUACAGGAAUGUCCCUAACCACAGAGUCAACAGACCUAGGCCAGCUGGGCCUUCUGGAUAUGAAAAUGGAUUUACUCAGAACCUGAAUUAUUACUAUGGGCAUUACAACCAUUCUCAAGGUGCCAUGAUGACUAGCUCAAGAUCAGCCCCCUCUUUCCAUGAGGUACAAGGGAACGGACAAAAUUUCAGGCCACAGGAUAGGCUACUGUAUCCAGAACAAUAUAACUUGCACACAGGGUUGGCUGCCUUGAUGAUUGAAGAAGGGUUGAGAUCUCGGCCACAUCAGGGGGUGCCACCAAGGAUGCCAAAUGCUGGAUACUCACCAAAUCCACAGUACUCAACCGGUUGGAAUGUGGGCUCCCCACCGUUCCCACCUACCAAUUGGAUUCACAAGCAACCAAAUGAAGCCAUGUAUUUGACACAACAGGAAACUGUGUCCCAUGGUGAGAAGCAGGUGAAGAAGGCUUAUCAAGUUAAAACACGAGCACCCCAAGAGACAUCAAAUCCUAUCCAACAACGGUGAUCCUUGGUGCUCCAAAGGAUCCUCUCUGUUUUUUUUUCUCCUAGGUUUUCACAGGACGAUUGUAACAUAGGACACGUGGACUGAAAUAUGAUGGUGCAAAGAUCUACCAUCAAAGAGAAUCCCAGAUGAUGUAUUUUUGUUUUCAUCUGAGGAUUCCCAAAUAAAACAAUGUCAUUCUUGUUGAACUUGUA